AUGCGGCGCACGUCGGGACACGUGUUUCUGACAAGUUUGCUGAUACUACUUCGAGCGCGUCGAGCAGACGCAGCUACCGAGGAUUCGCCCGAAUUUUCCAACAAAGCGCCGCUCAGGUUGGUGUGGGCCAGCGAGGGCGAGGACGUCGAAUUACCAUGCGACCUUACUCCACCGACACCCAACGACUCCGUCAACAUGGUGCUUUGGUUCAAAGACACUGCAGGGAUUCCUCUUUACAGCUUGGACGCGAGAAGCACGGAUCUCGGGUCCGCCAUUCACUGGGCGGUCAGCGACGAUCUCGGAAAGAGGACCUACUUUCAGAUCGGUGAUGGCCACCGAGCAAAGUUGAAAGUUACCAAGGUCACCUUCAAGGACCAAGGAAUCUUCAGGUGCAGGGUGGACUUUAUCGAUUCCCCGACCAGAAACUUUCGCGUGAACCUCACGCUCGUCGAGAAGCCAUCCAGACCCGUGAUAUACGACGCUCAGGGACGAGAGGUGACAGGAGUUGGUGGACCCUUCUUGGAAGGUUACAAUCUCGCCUUGACCUGUCAGGUGUCCGGGGGGAGACCGAAGCCCGUGGUAACGUGGUGGAAGGACGGGAAGAUAUUGGACGGCGUCGUCGACACCAUUUCCGUCGGUUCUCCGAGCAAAUUCACGGUGAACCACCUGUUCAUCGACAAGGUGACGAGGUCGUUGUGGGGCACGAAGCUCGAGUGCAGGGCAAUGUCGGCGCCGAUGUCCUCGCCGAUCGUCCGCGAAGUGCCUCUAGAUAUUUACCUGAAACCGGCGAUCGUGAAGAUCAUCCUGAACGACGAUCAGAUCUACGCCGGUCGUCCGAUCGCGGCGCGCUGCGAGACCUGGGGAAGCUCUCCUGCAGCCCGGAUCGUCUGGAAGCUAGGUGGGCAGGCGAUAGGCGAUCCCAACGUGUCGACUACGCAGAGAAGCAAUUCCACGGUCAGCAAACUGGCUCUGGCCCUCGGCAAGGACGACAACGGCAAGAAAUUAACCUGCAGAGCCGAAAAUCCUAGAUUUCCCGGCGGAGUUCUCGAGGAAACCGUGGUCUUGAACGUUGCCUACGCCCCGAUCGUCUCCAUCGACCUGGCCACCGGUUACGUCCUGGAUACCCUCAGAGAAGGGGACGACCUGAAGCUGGUGUGCGACGUGGAGAGUCACCCGCCUCCGACUAGAAUCAUCUGGUAUCACAAGGACAAUCGAUUGGAGCACGACGUGGCCGGUGGAACUUUGGUAGCCUCGAACACGCUGACGCUGAGGGUGCUCACUCUGGCUCACACCGGCGAGUACUCGUGCGAGGCGACCAAUUCCGUGGGAGAGGGUCGCAGUCCACCCAUCUUCGUCCACAUGAAAUACGUGCCGAGGUGCAAAGCCGGCUACGAGAGACGCGAAGUGACCACUGGUCGUCACGAAACGGUGUCGCUGCGCUGCAAGGUCGAUGCGGUGCCCAAAGAUGCGGUAAGGUUCUCUUGGACGUACAACGGGACGCGCGGCGACGUGUUGCCGAUCCCAAACUCCAGAGCUCAGAAUAACGGGCUCGUUAGCGUUCUGGAGUACACUCCUACCUCUGACACCGACUUCGGAACUCUCGCCUGCUGGGCGAGCAACAGCGUCGGCAGACAAAGGACGCCUUGUAUAUUCAACAUCGUGCCUGGAAAGCCACCGCAGCCGCCGUUCGACUGUUCGCUGCACAACGAAAGCACCUCGCUGCAAGUGAAUUGCAUCCCCGGCGCGGACGGUGGUUCUCCGCAAUACUUUCUGCUCGAAGUUCGAGGGAUCCCGAGAAACUCCGGUGUCAUCCAGGUGAAUCCGCCCACGCUGCACGCGCCGCAGAGUGAUCAGGGAACGGUCGGCGAGGUGCCGGCCAUAUAUCAAGAGAGAAAUCCAAGGCCAAGCUUCCAGCUGCACGAUCUUGAACCCGGAUUCGAUUACACUCUGUACGUGUACGCCGUGAACGGAAGAGGAAGGAGCGAACCGGCGCUCCUCGAGCACGUCAGGGUCGCCGGAGUUAUCGGCGAGAAGAGCGAGAAAAACGGCCUGUUCUUGGGGGACCUGAAAAAGGCGCUGCCCAAGGCUAGCCCGGAGAAUCUGAUCAUCGUGAUCUCCUUGACAGGUACAGGUGCGGUGGCUUUGAUCCUGAUCGGCAUCGGGGUGAUUAUCGGACUGGCUAUCUGCAGGAGAAGGACCACGUCCUCCGUCAAAGGCGGUCCCGACGAUUUUACCAUCCCCACCUACGUUUCCGCUCAAAGGAUAGAGCCAAGGAUCAGAUACUCGGGUGAUAGCAGGCGUUCUCAAAGAGCGAGCUUGUACAUGGAGGAAAAUCGAAACGAGUCGGAUCUUCAGCAGCAGAGGGUCGAGAUCGACUUGCACGAUUAA